AUGAGGAAGGCUGCUUUUGUUCUUCGUCGAAAUGGUAAGUUGCUUCCUGGUUACCUCUGUUUCCCGGUUUUCUUAUUUCAAAAUAAUAUUCUUGCUGCUUUUAUAAAUCCUCAAAUUCAAUUUCCCUCUCGAAAAUUAAUUCUUAACGAAAGCUGUGAGCUGAGAGAUUCGUUGCUUCCGUUUAAUCGGAUGGUUGAGACUCCAUCUAUUGCCCCAAUUGAUCAAUCUAAUCGUAUUCAUGCCAAUCGUAACAUUUCUCAAGCAAUUUUAGGGUUUCAAGCUGAUGUAGUAACUCUCCGGAUGAUAAACAGGCUCUGCAUGUCAGGCGACGCCCGGCCUGCUCUUCCUACAUACAGGGAGAUGGAAAAAAGCAAACCCUGUAUUCCAAGUAUAACCCGUUACAAUAACAUCAUCAAUGGACUUUGUAAAAGCCGACGUGUUACUGAAGCUGUGGAUAUCUAUUUCGAAAUGAAAGAUAAAGGUAUUCAACCGGAUAUUGUCACAUUCAAUUGUUUAAUUCAAGGUUUAUGCAAUUUAGGUUUAAGGGAAGAGGCACAAGGUUUCUUCGAUGAAAUGGUAACUCAAAGCAUCUCACCAAAUGUGGUGACCUUUAACAUUUUAGCUCAUUCAUUUUGUAAAGAUGGCAAGAUUGAGGAAGCACAUAAUACGCUCAAUCACAUGAUAUCAUAUCAGUGUGUCCCUGAUGUUAUCAGCUAUAACAUCUUAAUUAACUGUUACUGCAAGAGCAAAAAGAUAGAUCAAGCCUUGAGCCUCUUCAUGGAAAUGUCUGAAAAGAGAAUAGUUCCUGAUAUUAUAACCUACACCACUCUCAUUAAUGGUUUGUGUCAAGUUGGUAGACUUGAGGAUGCACUUGUACGUUUUGAUGAAAUACAAGAUUCUGGUCUGGUUCCAGAUGUUGUUACUUACUCGAUUCUGUUAAACUUUUUGUUUAAAAAUGGCAAAUUUAAUGAGGCAAUCGCAUUUGAAAGAGCUAUGGAAGAGGUUAGAGUUGCCCCUAAUAUUACUCUAUACAAUAUCCUCAUUGAUGGUAUGUGCAAAGCAGGAAAAAUUGAUAUUGGUGAGGAACUUUUUAGGAAACUCCCUGCUUUUGGGUUUCAGCCUGGUUUUUAUACAUAUAAUAUCCUGAUUAAUGCAUACUGCGAGAGCAAAAUGAUAGGUGAAGCUUUGAGUCUGAAGAAUGAAAUGUCUGAAAAGGAAGUUACUCCAACUAUAGUGACCUACAACACUCUCAUCAAUGGCUUGUGUCAUGUUGGGAGACUCAAGGAUGCACUAUCUCUUUUUGAUGACAUCAAACAUCAUAACCUAGUUCCAAAUAUUGUUACUUAUUCUACCCUGAUAGAUUCUUUAUUUAAAAAUAAGAAGUUUGACAAGGCCCUUGAACUAUACAAAAUAAUGAAAGAUGAUGGAUUGGCUCCUAAUAUUGUUCUCUAUAACAUUCUCAUUGAUGGAAUGUGCAAAGCUGGGAAAGUUGAUGAGGGUGAGGGGCUUUUUCGGGAUCUUUCUUCAAGAGGCUUGCAGCCUAAUAUUCGUACUUAUAAUAUUUUGAUGAAUGGAUUAUUUAAGAAUGGGAAACUCAAGGAUGCAUAUCAGUUGCUGCAAGAAAUGAUGAUUGAAGGAUGCAUGCCAGAUGGUUUUACUUUUAAUAUAAUAAUUCAGGGAUAUAUUCAAUGGAAUGAGACGAGAAUGGCUGUUCAAUUUGUGAGAAGAAUGGUUGAUGCUGGUUUUUCUGCAGAUGCACAAACAUCAACAAACCUAGUCGACUUGUUUAACAAAAGAAACUUGGAUAAUGCAUCAAGGGAGAAAAAAAAUGUUGUAAGCAGAAAUGGUUUAUGGCCUUAUGAAAGAAGAGACCUUGUUGGGCAGCUGUUUUUAUGUCUGCCAUGGAGACACAAGGCUAAGGAAGACCAAGCACAGCUGUAUGGCUUGCUGUUAAUCAAGAAAGAAAGAUUUUUUCCAAGAUUGUCUAGAUGCCACAUUUCAUGAAAAUUCAUCUAACCAGGUGGAAGGAAGAUCUUUCCAGUAGAACGGGAAUUGAUGCCUGUGAAGCUUAAUGUCAAUCAAACCACAAGAUCUGAGUAAUAGUAUGAUAGCUUCUCAAUGAAUCAAGUUCUUGACGUCCAUUGAGGGUGAUAUAUGGAGACCAUUCAACUAACUGGUCAUCAGUCUCAUACAUUGAGCAUUCUUGUGAAUAAUUCUCCUGGAGUUUUCAACCUAGUGAAUGGGAGUUAUGUCCAGAAGGUGUUACAACAUCCAAGUUUUUUCACAUGAUUUAUUAAGGAUCCUCUCUUCCCCACUAAUAAACCUAAAGCUUCUUCAUGUUGUAUUUGUAUGUUGUAAUGCUUGGUUGAUCUCAAUGCAUUAUACCCAGAAUUCCUUCUUUUAAAAAUUACAAAGGAGAACCUAAUAAGAUAUUCAUAAAUAAAUUGAAUAGACUUGUAG